CAUCAGAAGCAGCAGAGCCUCAACUCUUGAGGCCUGUGUUUGGAGAAAUAUGGCUAGCAAUGCCUCCUUUGAGCCGGACCAAAAUCACUGCUCAGCCAUCAACAACAGCAUGCCCCUGAUACAGGGCAAGCUCCCUACUCUAACCUUAUCUGGGAAGAUUCGAGUGACAGUGACUUUCCUCCUUUUUCUACUCUCCACUGCCUUUAAUGCGUCUUUCUUGUUGAAGCUGCAGACGUGGACUCAGAGGAAGGGGAGAGGGAAAAAGCUCUCAAGGAUGAAGGUACUUUUAAAGCAUUUGACCUUAGCCAAUCUGCUGGAGACGCUGAUUGUCAUGCCCCUGGAUGGGAUGUGGAAUAUUACAGUCCAGUGGUAUGCUGGGGAGUUCCUCUGCAAAGUUCUCAGCUAUCUGAAGCUCUUCUCCAUGUAUGCUCCAGCCUUCAUGAUGGUGGUGAUAAGCCUUGACCGCUCCCUGGCCAUCACUCGGCCCCUUGCGGUACAAAGCAACAGCAAGCUUGAACAGUCCAUGAUUGGCCUAGCUUGGAUUCUCAGUGUUGUCUUUGCGGGACCACAGUUAUAUAUCUUCCGGAUGAUCUACCUAGCAGAUGGCACUGGACAAGCAGAAGUUUUCUCACAAUGUGUGACACACUGCAGUUUUCUGCAAUGGUGGCAUCAAGCCUUUUACAACUUUUUUACCUUCAGCUGCCUCUUCAUUUUCCCUCUUCUCAUCAUGUUAAUCUGCAAUGCCAAAAUCAUAAUCGCCCUCACACGAGUCCUUCAUCAAGACCCACACAAACUACAGCUGAAUCAAUCCAAGAAUAACAUCCCAAGGGCUCGGCUGAGAACUCUGAAGAUGACAGUCGCAUUUGCUACCUCCUUUAUUGUCUGCUGGACUCCCUACUAUGUCCUAGGAAUUUGGUACUGGUUUGAUCCUGAAAUGUUAAACAGGGUAUCAGAGCCUGUUAAUCACUUCUUCUUUCUCUUUGCUUUUCUAAACCCAUGCUUUGACCCUCUUAUAUAUGGAUAUUUCUCUUUGUAAUUAAGACACUACACCAGAACUCAUACAGAAGCAAGGAAACCAAUUCUACCAGUUGAGCAUAAGCUCAAAGCUUGCAAGGCAGAGUUUAAGCCUAGGCUAUCAACCUUGUUCUUGUAGAGAGUUUGUUGUUAGAGCCUCUAAGACCUUCAAAAACUACUGAAAACUGUCCUGCAUCAUAAGCUUCUGAACUCACUUCUGCCUUAUCUGAUGUUUUACUGUAUAUGAUUUGGGCUUCUUUUUGCUUCCUCCUUAAAUAAAAAUGUAUAAAUACUUAAAAUAACCACAUCCUAAGGUAAAAAGAUACCAAAAAUAAGGCUGGGAAACCACAACAUGUUCACAACACAAGGAUGGUUUGGGAAGUUUCUUUUCUCAAAAGGGGCUCAGCAGCAAAAACAGACUGGCACUAUCACAACACCUGGAGCACAGAAACAGUAGAA